UUGCGUACUACGUCUUUUCUUUUAUUAAAAAAAAAGAAAAAGAAACGAGUAAGGUAUAUCUUUCAGGGUUUGAUAACCUGUGUAGCGUGGAAUCCCGAAUGUAUCAAAGACGGUGAAACUGGGAGCAUCUUACUAGGAACAUCACAAGGCCAGGAAUGCUUUUCGAAAGUUUUCUAUCGAGUAGAUGGAUUUCUGUUUAGAUCUGAUAGAAUUAACUUGCCUCCCGACGAACUGCCUUUCAAUAAAGUAGCAUAUUUCAGGUGGUUAAUGCUUGUUUGCCAACCUGGGCGUUUAUAUUCAGUUUGUGCUUCUAUUGACAUGACUCCACCCUCGAAAAGUAGUUAUAUGAGCGCAGCAAACCUACAAACUGGAUGGAUAACGAUCCCAGAGAUACCACCACACAUAUUUCAUCCAUUUUUUUCAACUAAAGGUAGGGGUUUACAACAAACAUCAGUAGUAAGUGCAUUGCUACUUUAUCCUCCUCAUGGUGAGCCGAAUCGAUUCUUAUGGGUUGGACCUAGUGGAAUCACAACUGGAAAGGUUAAUCUGUUUGCUGACAAACCUAGAGAUAUCAUUGAGGAAGACGACCACAUGGAUCAUCGACGUAUGGAAGGUCGUCUUGAUUUUCCCAUUGGUGCGUCAUUAAGUGAAUAUCACAUAUUACUAGCUUAUCCAAGUCGACUAAACGCUUUGUCGGUUUAUACCAAAACCGUCGUUUACGAAGACGUUUGGGGAGAGGACAUGGGCAACGCCGUUGGUCUUGUAAGCGAUCCAACAUCUGAGUUUCAUUGGCUUUACACAAGUCACAUUACAAUGAAAUAUAAACCGGUGGAUGAAAAUAGGUACGUCUGGCGAGUGUUUCUUGAACGUGGUGAUUACGCCAAAGCCCUUACGAUUGCCAAGAGCAGGUUACAUAUCGACCCUGAAGCACAUGAAUUGGUUCUAAAGCGUCAAGCUGACAAGUAUAUAGCUGAGAAAAAUUUCACUGCUGCGGCAGAAAUUCUUGCUCAGUCUACUGAAUCCUUCGAGGCGGUCGUCUUGAAGUUUAUGUCAACAGAUGAGGCUCAUCGCCUUGGCUUGAAGACAUUAUUAGAGAAGAAACUUGAUUCGAUGACUCGACCAGAGGACAGAAUUCGACGCGAUGUUCUCAUCAUAUGGCUGCUUGAGGUUCAGUUGGCUGAGCUUGCAGAGGCACGUCGUGAUGGACGUGAACAAGAGAGUAACGAACUCGCCGUUCAUCUACAACGUUUUCUGAUGAGAAAGAAUGUCCAUGACACAGUGGUAGUCAACAAGGAUGCUGUUUACAAUCUCAUGGCCUCUCAUGCCGACAUCGAUUCACAGCUAUUCAUUGCGAAGCAAAUUGGAGGUACCGAUAGUCUAUUUGUGUUCUCGUUCACUAUUCGUUUUGCUUUGGUUUUAUUUCUGACGUUAAAUUUUUCUACCUCAGCUUUAUUCAGUGAAAGUGCCCUGAAGUACCUUGAAUGGGCUGUAAGCGAACAACGAAACUCUGACGACGUCGAACUUCACAAUUUGCUGAUUCUUCUUUAUGCUCAGUUUCGUCCAAUGAAAUUACAUGAAUACCUUGUGAAAUGUGGAGUGGACAAAACAGCUAUUCCUUAUGACUUGGACUUCGCUACGAGGACUUCUGAACAAUAUAAAUUGGAUAAGUCAACUGUGCAUCUGUUCUGUGUAUCGGAGUUGUUUAGUGAAGCCGUGGAGCUAGCUCUGAAGAGAUUUGAUGAAGAUGGCAUUGAUUUGGCUAAAGAAUGCGCACAUAUGAUGGAUCCAGACGAGGAUGAUUCUAUAAUGGGACUUGAGCCGAUGUACUCUGUUGAGCAGAGAAGGAGAAUAUGGCUUAAGAUAGGUUCGUUCCUCAGUUUCAACGUACAGAUGAGGGUGAUUCUGCACUCAGUGAAAAUUCAGGUUGAACUCCAACAAGCUAUGAAUGAUGCUACGCUCACAGCAAAGGAGAUCAGGGAGAAAACUCAACGACUCCGCAAUCGGUACGUUACUGUCAUCAAAGCAGGUGAUUUAUGUGCACGAUGUGACCGGUCACUUGUUGGAAGGCCUUUCUAUGCCCACACUUGUCGACAUUUCUUCCACCGAGAGUGUUUGGAAAACGCAAUGAUGCCAUAUUUAAAUGAAGAAUUGAAAACUCGUCUGAGUGACCUUGUCGCAAUGGAGAAACGGUUACUUUCACAGUUACAAGCUGCAGAUCUCGUCUCACCGGCCAGUGACAACUUUUAUGCAGGUGUGAUUUAUUUCGUCAGCAGUGCAAUUAAUGAAAUACUUGGAUCAGAUUGUCCCUUUUGUGGUAUCAAUGCCAUUGAGCUAAUUGAUAAGCCUUUCUUCACAGAUGAAGAGUUCUUAGCAGAUCGUGAUUCAUGGCAGAUUGACUAG